CAAUGUUCUAGGCAGAACAGAAUCCUUUAUUUUCGUUCAGCUUGCUGCUGAAUUUGAGCCUCUUUUCCUCCUCCUGGGUCAUCUCCUCCGUUACCGACCAUAGCUAGGGUUUCAUUUGGGAAGAAAUCUGCGAUUGAGCUUUCUCCUUCGUUAAGGAAGGGGGUUUUGUUGUUAUUUACUUGCUUUUUUAAUACCUGGGAUUAAGCUUGCCAACAUGUCGAUGUGUGAGCGCAAGACGAUCGACCUAGAACAAGGAUGGGAUUUUAUGCAGAAUGGCAUCACAAAGCUGAAGAAUAUUCUUGAAGGGUUGCCCGAGCCUCAGUUUAGUUCCGAGGACUAUAUGAUGUUAUAUACGACUAUCUACAAUAUGUGCACUCAAAAGCCUCCUCAUGAUUAUUCCCAGCAACUGUAUGACAAGUACAGGGAAUCGUUUGAAGAAUACAUUCUAUCAACGGUAUUACCUUCUUUGAGAGAGAAGCAUGAUGAAUUUAUGUUGAGAGAGCUCGUGAGAAGGUGGGCAAACCAUAAGAUUAUGGUUAGGUGGCUUUCUCGCUUCUUUCACUAUUUAGAUCGCUACUUUAUUGCUCGGAGAUCACUUCCACCUCUUAAUGAAGUUGGAUUGAGUUGCUUCCGGGAUUUGGUGUACAAGGAACUAAAUGGUAAAGUGAGGGAUGCUGUUAUCUCUCUUAUUGAUCAAGAACGGGAGGGAGAACAAAUUGAUCGAGCUUUAUUGAAAAAUGUGCUAGAUAUAUUUGUUGAAAUUGGAAUGGGACAAAUGGGUUGCUAUGAGAAUGAUUUUGAAGCUGACAUGCUCAAAGACACCUCUGCAUAUUAUUCUCGAAAGGCUUCCAACUGGAUACUUGAAGAUUCUUGUCCUGAUUAUAUGCUCAAGGCUGAGGAGUGCUUAAGGCGUGAAAAAGAUAGGGUUGCUCAUUACUUGCAUUCUAGUAGCGAGCCGAGAUUACUUGAGAAAGUUCAACAUGAACUAUUAACUGUGUAUGCAACCCAACUCCUUGAAAAAGAGCACUCUGGAUGUCACGCAUUACUUAGAGACGACAAGAUUGAAGACUUAUCACGGAUGUUCCGGCUCUGUUCUAAAAUACCUCGCGGGUUGGAUCCUGUUGCUGGUAUAUUUAAGCAGCAUGUUACUACUGAAGGAAUGGUGUUGGUGAAGCAGGCCGAAGAUGCAGCUAGUAACAAAAAGGCAGAGAAAAGGGAUGUUGUCGGCAUGCAGGAACAGUUUUUUGUUCGGAAGGUGAUUGAGCUGCAUGACAAGUACCUGGCAUAUGUGAAUGGCUGUUUUCAGAAUCAUACACUUUUCCAUAAGGCGCAUAAGGAGGCUUUUGAGGUCUUCUGCAACAAGGGUGUUGCUGGAAGCUCAAGCGCAGAACUGCUUGCAACCUUCUGUGACAAUAUUCUUAAGAAAGGAGGAAGUGAAAAAUUGAGUGAUGAAGCAAUUGAAGAAACUCUUGAAAAGGUGGUCAAGCUGCUCGCCUAUAUUAAUGACAAGGACAUGUUUGCUGAAUUCUAUAGGAAGAAGCUGGCUCGGAGGCUCCUCUUUGACAAGAGUGCCAAUGAUGAACAUGAGAGAAGUAUUUUGACAAAAUUGAAGCAACAAUGUGGCGGACAGUUUACUUCAAAGAUGGAAGGAAUGGUUACAGAUUUGACUCUGGCGAAGGAAAACCAAUCUAGUUUUGAAGAGUAUCUCAACGAAAAUUCGAAUGCAGACCCAGGAAUGGACCUGACAGUCACAGUUCUGACUACUGGAUUCUGGCCAAGUUAUAAAUCUUUUGAUCUCAACCUUCCAGCGGAAAUGGUCAAGUGCGUUGAAGUUUUCAAGGAGUUUUAUCAAACAAAAACGAAGCACAGAAAAUUGACGUGGAUUUACUCCUUGGGCACCUGCAACAUAACUGGAAAAUUUGAUACAAAACCUGUGGAGCUGGUUGUGACAACCUAUCAGGCUGCUGCAUUGCUUCUCUUUAAUUCGUCAGAUAAAUUGAGUUAUUCAGAGAUAUUGACUCAGUUGAACUUGACCGAUGAUGAUGUUAUUAGACUGCUUCACUCCUUAUCAUGUGCCAAGUACAAGAUUCUUAACAAGGAGCCAAGCACCAAAACAAUAUCAUCCACUGAUGUUUUUGAAUUUAAUUCAAAAUUCACCGACAAAAUGAGGACCAUAGCAAAACCUGCAUCAGUGAUGAAGGAAAAUAUGAAAAUUACAGUUCAUUAA